AUGUCCGCAACAGCGCGCCGCGAAGACCCCUUCAAGCCCGCUGCUCGAGUCGCCGGCCAGAAGCAGGAUGUGUGGUCUAUCGUCAACGAAGCCGCCGCCGCCUCGCCCGUCAAGCCCAUCGUGAACAUGGGCCAGGGCUUCUUUGGCUACAACCCGCCGCAGUUCGUCCUCGAUGCCGCCAAAUCCGCCCUCGACCAGGUCGACUGCAACCAGUACUCCCCCACCAAGGGCCGUCCUCGUCUGAAGAAGGCCAUCGCAGAUGCUUACUCGCCCUUCUUCGGCCGCGAGAUCAACGCGGAGACCGAGGUGACAAUCACAACGGGCGCCAACGAGGGCAUGCUGAGCGCCUUCAUGGGCUUCCUCGAGAAGGACGACGAAGUGAUCGUCUUCGAGCCGUUCUUCGACCAAUACAUCUCCAACAUCGAGAUGCCCGGCGGCAAAGUCGUAUACGUGCCUAUGCAUCCUCCAAAAGAUGGCGCCACCAAGACCACAUCGGCUGCAGAGUGGAGUCUCGACAUCAAAGACCUCCAGGCUGCAAUCACGCCCAAGACAAGAAUGAUCGUCCUCAACUCCCCACACAACCCCAUCGGCAAAGUCUUCAGCAAAGAAGAACUCACUGCCAUCGGCGAACUGUGCGUCAAACACAACAUCAUCAUCCUCAGCGACGAAGUCUACGACCGGCUCUACUACGUCCCAUUCACACGCAUCGCCACCCUCUCCCCCGAGAUCGCCAACCUCACUCUCACCGUCGGCUCAGGCGGGAAGAACUUUUAUGCCACCGGGUGGCGUGUGGGGUGGCUAAUCGGCCCCAAGCAUCUGAUCAAGUACGUGUCUGCAGCGCACACACGGAUCUGCUACAGCAGUGUGUCUCCGCUGCAGGAGGCGACCGCGAUUGGGUUUGAGCAAGCAGACGCACACAACUUCUGGGAAGACAGCAAGAAAGAGAUGAAGGCGAAGAUGGAUAAGUUCACUGCUGUGUUCAAGGAACUCGACCUCCCAUAUUCAGAUCCUGAGGGCGGCUACUUUGUCUUGGUCAACAUGAGCAAAGUCAAGUUGCCUGAGGAUUAUGAGUUCCCGCCACAUGUGGCUGAGAGGCCGAGGGAUUUCAAGCUGUCCUGGUUCCUGAUCAAGGAGGUCGGCGUUGCCGCGAUUCCUCCUACAGAAUUCUUCACGCCGGAGAAUGCGCAUAUUGUGGAGGAUUGGCUACGAUUUGCGGUCUGUAAAAACGACGAUGUGCUGGAGACGGCUAUGGAGAGGUUGAGGGGGCUGAGGAAGUACAUCCAGGAGUGA